AAACGAGCAUCCACACAGGCGCGCAGCAAGAGGGUGGGCGACAGCGGAGCAGCACCACCGUUCAUGGAUGGUUGAGGUUGCAGUAUCACCCACGCCUCCACACACCACAAGAGCCUUCCCCCCAGGUUCAGGUUCAGGUUCAGGUAUUUUCUUUGGUACUGGCUCGAGUGGUGCUGUGGUCGGCAUCACAUGCACAUGCGCAUGCAGCAUCCAUUGUGCACUCGCACAGCUUUCAAUCGUUCUUUGCCUUUUUGCAUGGAUCACUCCAACUCCUCUUUGUCCGCCCUGCCCCCCCUCCCUUCCUGGCCUGCGCAUGCUGAGUGGAAGGGCGGCCAACGAGCACCAGGGGAGAAGAGUGCCAAGGCGGGAAGCAAGAGGGCGGGAGGCAGGGGAGCAGCACCGUCGCUCAUGGUUGGUGAGGUUGCAGUAUCACCCACGCCUCCACACACCACAAGAGCCUUCCCCCAGGUUCAGGUUCAGUUUCAGUUUCAGUUUCAGGUUCAGGUUCAGGUUCAGGUUCAGGUUGAGGUUCAGGUUGAGGUAUUUUCUUUGGUAGUGGCUCGAGUGGUGCUGUGGUGGGCAUCACAUGCACUUGCACCUCUUUCAGACUGCCUUUCCCUUUCUGCAUGGAUCACUCCCUGCUGUCGCGCACUCUCUCUCUCUCUCUCUCUCUCUCUCUCUCUCUCUCUCUCUCUCUCUCUCUCUCUCUCUCUCUCUCUCAAGCGGUCCUUUAUUUUGUUUAUAAGGGGUACAGAGGUACAAAAUAGGGUUACGUAUGUCAUGGUGUCCCCGAGCAUCCUCUCUCUCCCCUCUCGUGUGCCUGACAGGUCCCGCUGGCCCCACCAAGGGAGCGCCAACGCCUGCAGUGCCAUCGCCUGCACGGCAGUAGCGCCAUCGCCUGCUAGAAAUCAUCUUGGACUCUUCAAGCAGAGCAGAGCGAAGUACCCGCCCUCCUCCUCCUCUCCAUGCAUUCACCUCGCAUUCCUGCUUUCCUUGCUUCUAUUGUGCUUCUGUGCUUUCUCCAUUCAAAUCUCGCCACUGGUUGCGGCCCGGCUCACAAGCCACAGACCCCCCCCCACCCCUACCCUCAGGUUAAGCCGCCCUAAGCCUCACAGCCCCCUCAGGUUCCCUUGGGGGUCAGUGGCUUGUGGGUUUGCCUCCUCCAGUGGCCCCUCCCCUCUCUCGUAUUGAAGUUUUGAUUUUCAGUCUCUGCUGUUCAUUCGCCCUUGAUGCCCUCACGGCGCACUGACUAGUUGUGUUAUCCCCAUUGCAGGCAUGCACAGCAGAAGGCUGGGAGGAAGGCUGCCACGAGGGGAACUCCCAGGGAGAGUAUCGGGGUGGGGCCGGCGCCUCAAGGUAAGCCCCUCGCCUGCUCUUGCCUGCUCCCCUCUCUUUCUGCUCUGCCUGGCUGGGAGGAAGGCUCGUCUGGUGCUGCCCUCUGGCGCUCAUGCUUCCAAUCCGCCUGUUGUUCCCUUGCACCCUGGCUUGAAUCCCCCUUGGCUGGGCCAAGGCCUGCUCUCACUCGCCUCCUGUCUGCAUCCCCCUUCCUUCCCCUUCCUCCCCCUUCCUCUCCACGUGAGCAGUGUUGGCUCAGCAGCAGCCCGCCAGCAGCUGUGGCAGCAGUUGGAGGGAGAAGGGGCAGCAGCCGUGCUUCAACUUUCCAGCUAAGUGCUUUCUCCUCCUUGGACCUUCCGUUUUCCGCUGCUGGGUGCUCACUAUUCCGCUUUCUUUGCUUUUCCUGUGCGUUGAUGCUUUCUGUAUUACAAACUUGCCACUGGUUGGGGCCUCGUUCACAAGCCACAGACCCCCCUCUACUGCUGUUAAACCCCCCCAGGUUAAGCCCCCCCAAAACCUUACAGCCCCCUCAGGUUCACCCCCUACUGCAGGUUCAGCCCUCAGGUCCCCUUGGGGGUCUGUGGCUUGUGGGUAUGCCUCCACCAGUGGCCCCUCCCCCCGCCCUUCUCUUGCCUUGCUUUUCAAGUCACGGUUCUCGAUUCAGCCUAUAUACUCUCUCUGUUUACUGACCAGCUCUGCUUGUGUGCAUUCCAGCGCUCUCCUUAAGUGCUGUUCCCGUUUCGUCGGAUUCACUUCGUUUCCCAACGUCACCAAUCCCACCCUUGCCGUCUCACCAGUUCCCCCUCCCCUCCUCUCCUCUCUCCUCCCCCUUGCUGCCCGCCACCAGGUCACGUGGCAUCAAGUGAAGACUGCAGCAGAGCAGCUGAGCAGCAGACCGGCAGCAGCAGUUGCAGCAGCAGUUGUGGCAGCAGCAGUAGCAGUGGCAGCAGUGGGGGCUGGGGGGCUAGAAGGCAGGCUAGGCUAGGUCGAGUUGUGAGCGAGGUGUGGUAAAAGGCGAGGUAUGGUACCAGGUGAGGUGUGGUGAUCUGUCCCGCUUCUCUCUUGCUCUCCAACCCCUCCUGCAGCCUGAGGAUUGGAGCUCUGGAGCACGGGUGAGAGAUUGGAGUGCAUCCCCUCACUCACCUCCUCUCCUCCCCUCUCCCUGUUCCUGGCUGUGGCUUGUGGGUCGGGUGUGGCUGGUGGAAUCUGCGUGGCGUCGGUAGUCGGUGCUCAAGUAACCGAUCUGACGUUUAAGGCUUAAUGGACACCGUCAGAGUCGGCCGACCGGCGGCUCUGGUUCGCGUCAGCUCUGGCUACGUCAGGGGUGGGAUUUGAGUCUUGGGCCACGUCAUGCUCUUCCACCGCCACACCUCGCCCCUCAAGGCAUGGCCACUUGGGGUGCUGUUUCCGAAAGGGAGUGCGCUGACUGCCGCUCCUACUGCUGACAGGUGAAGUCUGGUGAUGCAUGCAUGGCUUCAGCACAUCCUCACAAGGUGAGGAGUGGUGAGAUGUGGCGGUGGUGGGUGAAGCUGACUGGGCGCCGAAGUGAGGGGGUUGUGAAACCUCAACGGGGAAGUGGAGUGAGGGGAGAAAUGAGGGGGGUCUGAAACCCCAAGGGUAAGUUGAGUGAGGGGCGAAGUGAGGGGGUUCUGAAACCCAAGGGUAAGUUGAGUGAAUUGUGAAGUGAGGGGGUUCUAAAACCCCAAAGGGUAAGUUGAGUGAGGGGCGAAGUGAGAGGGUUCUGAAACCCCUACAGGUAAGUUGAGUGAGGGCCGACGGAGGGGGUUCUAAAACCCCCCAAGGGUAAGUUGAGUGGGGCGAAGUGAGGGGUUUUUGAAACCCCGAGGGUAAGUUGAAUGAGGGGCGACAGAGGGGGGUCUGAAACCCUCCAAGGGUAAGUUGAGUGAGGGGCGAAGUGAGGGGGUUCUGAAACCCCCAAGAGUCAGUUCAGUGAGGGGUGAAGUGAGGGGGUUCUAAAAACCCCAAGUGAACCGUGAGUGAGGGGCGAAGUGAGGGGGUGCUAAAACCGAAGGGUACAUUGAGUUAAGGGCGACGGAGGGGGUUCUGAAACCCUCUAAGGGUAAGUUGAGUGAGGGGCGAAGUGAGGAGGUUCUAGAACCCCAAGGGAACCGUAAGUGACGGGUUCAGUAAGGGGGUUCUAAAACCCAAGGGUAAGUUGAGUGAGGGGCGACGGAGGGGGUUCUGAAACCCCCCAAGGGUAAGUUGA